GUUACAUCAUUGUGAACCUUCAGUCACUAUACUUGAACUGAAGUGUUCUGAUGAUUGUUGUGGUUACCUAGUUAUUGUGACAAAGUGUAACAUGGCAUUUGGACGGAGGAUUACCUCUACGCUUUUCCUUAUUUUAUUUCUAGCUCAUGGAAUCCAAGCAGAUAAUGAAACUGAUGAAAACUCCCCUAUCGUAGAAACUUCACUUGGUCCCGUACAAGGAUUUAAAUAUACAUCCUCUUGGACUAAGAAACCGAUAUAUGCCUUCAGAGGUAUUCCUUAUGCAGCACCUCCAGUGGGAAACCUACGUUUUAAUUACCCUGUUCCUCCAGAGAGUUGGACAUCAGUAAGGAAUUGUUCGGAAGACCAACCAUCCUGCAUGCAGAACUCCAACUUCAUCAUUGGCCACAAGAACAUAACAUUUGAAAUGAGCGAGGACUGUUUAUACUUGAACGUCCAUUCACCAGUGUACCCCAAAAAAGAAGAGCUGUUACCAGUGAUGGUAUGGGUGCACGGUGGUGCGUUCAUCGAGGGAUCUGGAAGCUACUUCCGCUAUGGUCCUGACAUUUUGGUGGGAGAAGGUGUAAUUGUGGUUACACUCAAUUAUCGACUUGGAGCACUAGGUUUCCUGACUCUGGACACACCGGAUAUUCCCGGCAAUGCUGGGUUGAAGGAUCAGAUGUGUGCACUCCGGUGGGUUCAGAGAGAGAUCCGGAAGUUUGGAGGAAACCCUAACAAUGUAACAUUGUUUGGAGAAAGUGCAGGAUCUGCGUCUGUCCAUCUACAUUACCUCUCCCCUCUCGCUAAGGGUCUGUUCCAACGAGUGAUCGGAGAGAGUGGGACUGCUCUAGGAGACUGGGCGGUAACGGAGAAUGGCCAGGCCUACGGGAAAGCAUUAGCUAAGAUGGUAAACUGCACUUAUGAGGACUUAGAUGAUGUCUCUAGGUGUCUAUUGCUAGUGAAUGCUGAAGACAUUGUGUCGGCUCAACAGAAGGUGCCAUCUUUGCUAGUGAAUGGAAGGAAACAAAGUCUGGUGUUUAUUCCUAAUGUGGACAAGAACAGUCCAAAACCUUUUUUGCCAGAGAUUCCAACCAGACUCAUAGAGCUCAAGCAAGGGUCGUUUGUUCCUUUCAUUAUGGGCAUAAACAGCGACGAAGGAAUGAUGAUGCUGCGUAGCAAAGAACAAAUUAGAAACAUAACAAAUAAUCUUGACCAAGUGAUCCCAUAUAGUAUAGUGAAGAAAUGCAACAAAGAGAGGUUAAAACUUCUCACUGACAGACUGAACAAUUUCUACUUUAAAGAGCCACCUUCAGAGAAGAAUCUUAGAGGAUAUGUAGACAUGUUUACAGAUCAGAUGUUUGGGUACUCCACGGCUGUCAGUGCAAGAGUUUACAGAGAACGAGCUCCUGUGUAUUUGUAUUACUUUGCUUUCAAUGGAAAAUUCAAGGAAUUUUUUGUAAAAUUUCUGGAAAAUAAAUUCACUUUUUCAGGAGUUUCACAUGCUGAAGAAUUGAGUUAUUUAUUCGAAAGAGACAAAGUAAAUCAAGAGGCAGAAGAAGAUUCAGAUGAAAUGAAAACUUGGAGGAGAAUGGCUAGAAUGUGGACAAACUUUGCUAAGUUUGGAACGCCAACAGUUGAAAAGGACCCUGUCUUGGAGGAUGUUGAAUGGAAACCAGUUGGAAAAGUGAUGACUAACUAUCUUCUUAUCAACAAUACUCUGAAGAUGGUGGAGCAAGAUUUCCUGGCAGCAAGAGUUGCUCUUUGGGACACCAUUACUCCUUCAAGCUCUUCACAUUUGUACCCGACGUGUGCACUUGUGCUAGUUGGAGUUGCCAUGUUUAUUUGGCUAAGCGACAGAUCGCAAAACUAACAGACAGUUAGCAUUGACUUUUGUAUUUUAGGGUAGACAUCCCAUCCGUAUGGGUCAGCUGUAGCCAAUUUUCCAUGAGGAUAGAACAUAGCACGAAUACUAGAAAAAUACCGGUAUGGAUCAUAAAUAUAAACAAAUGACGUUUUUGGCCCGAAUUCUAUACUAGUAGCAUUAACAUAUGGUUUAAACAGUUCCAUGUAAUUAAUGUUAAAUAAUGUUUACUUUCGGGCCAAGAAUGUCAUUUGUUUAUGUUUAUGAUCCAUACCGGGUCUUUUCUAGUAUUCGUGGAACAUAGUUGAAUGAGUUGCUUACAGAGUGUGAGCUACUCUGUGUCGAAAUUAUAUUUUCUUUCUUAGCUUUUGAAGAUUUUAUAAUUUAUAAUGGUGUGAUUAAGGUCUUAAUCAAACCAAACUUAUGAACGAUAGAAUCUUUUACGUCACAACAUUAUAAUUAUAGAAUCUUCAAAAGCUAAGAGGGAUAAUAUUGGUAAUUUAAUAUUCAACAGAAAUCAGUAAUUUGGCAGCAGCACUCUGUUGUUGCCUCAAUUCAACUAUGUUAAUGUCAAAUCAAAAACUUUCUGCAGCUAACAUGUGGAAGAGAUGUCUACAUCUCUAUAUAGUCAUAGUUUAUAGUGUAUAGCAUUAAAUCAAAUUAGUUUGUAGGUUAAUUUGUGAAUCAUUAUAGUUGAUAGUACAGUACUGUACAGUAGAUCCUCUUAUACAUAUCUUUUUGGUAUAGGUUUCGUAUGAUAUGGUUGCUGGGUAGUCAAGUGGAUUUAGCACUCUUCGAGUAAUCAGUAGGUUGCCAGUUCAAACCUUGAGAAAUGUGAAUAGCUUUUAGAAAGUUUGAAAUCAAACCCAAGCGUUUGAAUCCUGUACGUUCAAUAAAUGAAUGGUCCUGGCUAAAAAGCAAGCUGAACUAAGUCAGUAACAAAGCUAUCAUCUUCUUAAUUCAAAACUCACCCUUCACUCCUCAUCUUUGUAUUAAAACAAACUUUGUGUCAGUGUCAUAUAAAUCUAAUCUAAUCUUAGUUGGGUAGCUGGUUCAGUCCUGAGAAACAUCAGUAGCUUCUAGAUGGUUUUAAAUUAAACCCAGCUGUUGAUUGUUCUUAACAAAUUGAGUGCGGUAAAUAUAUCAGUGGGUCCUUCACUAGGACCUGAAAUUUUUUCACAUAAAAUCUUAUUUUUUCAAAUAGAAAAUGUAAACUCUUACCUUAGCAAUCCUUAUUAUGGUUGUCCGAUAUUAAUUUCAAACCUGUAGGUUCAUCUUCAGUCGGAAUUUUAGGCAGACCAAAUGCUUAUUAUAAAAUCCACCCGAUAGGCUUCGUAGAAAUGUUGACAUUUAACACGAACACGAUUUAUGUAUAUAUUUAUAAAUAUUUAAAUCUAUAAUUUAUAUAUUUAUGUCAAUUGUAAUGUGUAACGUGUUCGUGUUAAAUGUCAACAUUUUUACGAAGCCCAUCGGGUGGAUUUUAUAAUAAGCAUUUGGUCUACCUAAACUUCCGACUGAAGAUGAACCUACAGGUUCAAAAUUAAUAUCGGAGAACCAUAAUAAGGAUUGCUAAGGUAAGAGUUUACAUUUUCUAUUUGAUUAUAUAAGCAAUCCAGAGGCUGAAAUGAUUGAUCUUACUUUUUGUUGCCAGAAAUGAGGAUCCAGGUCGGAAAUAGUGUUUUGAGCAGUUUUCCCAAUAAAAAUGGCGUCCAAAAUUGCCGGCCACUCUGGUACAAUUAUAUACAGCCUCUUCCUCCUUCCCAACCAUUGUUUAUUUCAAUAACAGUGAAUCAUGGAACUGCUGAUAAGAAUUUGGUAUUGGGGAGUACAUCUUUAUAAAAACCACAAACUAAAAUAAAAAACUAUAAAAUAUAUUGUUACGUCUUAUAAAAAGCAAAAAUACAAAAGAAAUACACCAAUACGUCCAAAGUCAAUAAAUAAAUUGUGCAAAUGGAAAUUUACCGGUCUCGGGAGACCGGUUUUGGUCCACAGGAACAGCAGGUGAAAAACACACAGGAUAGGUUGUGUAGCUCUAGCAACGCACACACAAUAACUCCUGUCUUUUCCACAUCAGGUUGCGCCAACUGAGUGAUUCAUUUCAGCGGGACCUGGUCGGUCCUCUAAACAGCAUUGUGCCCCUAACUCAUAUGAUAGUGUAGUAGUAUAGUGAUAGUACAGACAGCAUCAUGUCACUUGCUAACCACGCCAGUUCAUACAUGGGAUCUGGUGCCGAAGUGUUUGAACGAGAUUAAAUCUAAUGUACUAGAGAUAAGCUUAGGUAUUUCAUCUUUUUUUGGUGGUGCAGGAUAAUGAUUAAUGAACCUCCAUUCAUAAAACACAAAUGAGGCGUGUUAAACUAUCAGUGAAACUAAUCAUUUUCAUGCAAAAGUUAGAAAAUUUAGUUUCUUUAGCAAUAUAAACUUUAGGGUUAUCUGACUACCCUAUUGUUUCUUGAGAUUAACUGUUUGAAACUUGGUAGUUAACAAUUUACUGUUCAAUUGUUUGGAAUAGAAUAGAAUAGUUUAGUUUUGUAAGCAGGAUUUCUGUAUUUAACAAAAUAGUCAUUCACAACAUAUUUAUUACAUUUACCUAUAUUACAUUUACCUUUAUUGUUGUUUCUCGGAUGUUUUGACCUUUGCUAUCUUCAUUAUCUUUAAUGAAGAACAUAAAUGUUAUAGUCUGUAGGUUUAAAUUUAUGUACCGUAUUUAAUAUUAGCUAAAAACUCGUCAUGAAUAAAAGAAUACUGCACAACUUAUUCUGCACUGUGAUGUACAUGUAAAAUGUUAACUAUGAUAGUUUCUGUUUACUGUAAUGAUUUAAAUAAAAUGUUAAAUAGUACAUACAAAAUAUUUUAACACUGCCAAGAGAUUUAUUUACCAUCAUCAUUAACGAAUUUAAUACCUAAAAAUUGCUUUAUCGACUGUUAAAAAUGCAACAGCGUGAUGUAUACAACUUCGUUACUUCUCGAGUGAUGUAAAGUUGAAAAAAACUCACUCGGUGAUGUAAUGAAACCCAUUUAAAUAACAUUGAGUGCUUAACUUAAAAAAAUAUACCUCUAUGGAGCCAACGAGGUUCAACGCUAGAAAUCAGCUGUGCGCUUGAAUUUUAUUGUUAUGUUUUGAAGAAUUUUCCUAACCUAGCUUUUGUUUGUAAAUGAACGUUACUGUUAGAAGAUGAGUGAAAUGGAUAAUGAAAAAUAUUGUUCGUAACCUCCUGUAUAUUGUCGGGUCAGGUAAAAUCUUGUACGUUACACGUUACGCAAGAGCGUGUUUACAUCACUUAGGUAAAUUAUGCAACUCGCUUCCGCUCGUUGCACAACAUUCACCUGCGUGAUGUAAAAACGCUCUUACUACACAUGUAAGGUAAAUAGCUAUUAAAUAUUGAAAAACUACAAAAUAUACAUAAAUUUUAAAUAUUAUGUACACAAAAACCAUAAGUUUGUGAAUAAUCCUGAGAACAAUUCAUCAGCAGUUAGUUAGGGAUUUUCAGAAUAUUCAUCAUUUUAUACCAUACAUUGUUAACAAUAUAGUUAUUUUACAUUCUUAUUUCUAGUUUAGAUCAAUAUAAGACCACAUUUUCCUUGUUUACUUUGACAGUUCAGUUAUAUCAAUAAAGUGUUUAUCUUAUCAAA